AUGCCUACUUGUGAUGAAGUUGCAGCAUUGAUUGUUGGUGAUUUUAAUAGUGAGAAGGUUGGACGAGAUAUUAUAGUUAAAACAAGUGAUGGAAUGUUGCAGAGAAUUCAUGAAACACAUACUGCAUUCAUACCUCUGCAAUAUCCUUUGAUGUUUCCUUAUGGUGAUGAUGGUUAUCAUGAAGAUAUACCAUACAGUGAGGAAUACCUGACUAAUGAAGACAUAACAAGGUUGCGACAAUUUGUGGUUGACACGUACACUAUGAUUGAAUCACAACGAUUAUCAUUUAUUAGAAGGAACCAGAAUUUGAUCAGAGCAGAUUUUCUUAAUGAGUUGGAAGAAGCUAUUGAUCGAGGGGAGACUGAUCCUACUACAGUCGGCAUGCGUGUUAUACUACCUUCAUCUUUUAUGGCUUGGAGUGAAAUUAAAAGAUAUGUUCGUCAAAGGAACCUUCGUGCAGAUGAGAGGCCGGAUAUAUGUUGUAGAGUUUUCAAAAUGAAACUAGAGCAAAUGAUGGCUGAUUUCAAACAAGGUGCUGUGUUUGGUGGAAUUCAAGCAGGAAUGUAUACUAUAGAAUUCCAGAAAAGAGGGUUGCCUCAUGCUCACAUUUUGUUGUGGUUGAAAGAUGGUCAUAAGAUGGUUACAUGCGCUGAUAUUGACAAGCAUAUAUCUGCAGAGUUGCCGGAUCCAGCUUUGUUUCCUAAGCUAAGUAAAGCAGUAUCACGUUACAUGAUGCAUGGGCCAUGUGGCCUACUAAUGAGAUAUAGAGGUCAUAUUAAUGUGGAGUAUUGCAAUAAAUCAAACUCUAUAAAGUACCUGUUUAAAUAUGUAAGCAAAGGGCCAGAUAGAGUCAGUGUACAUAUAACAAAUGAAAACUCUGGUGAUAGCAGUAGUCAGAGAAUAUUGUUUAGAGAUGAUGAAGACCUUGAGGCUGUGAUAAGCAAGCCAUCUUCUCAAUUAACAAUGUUCUUGGCCUGGAUGAGGGCGAAUCAACAAUUUGAAGAUGCAAAAAAUUUAACUUUUGCUGAUGAUCGUGAAUAUAUAGAUGCAAUUGUGGAAGCAAGUGAUCUUGGAUCUGGGAAUCAGUUACGUAAGCUGUUCGUGUUCUUGAUAACUUCAAAUACAAUGAACAAGCCGGAAUUAGUGUGGGAAAAGACAUGGAAGAUUCUUUCAGAUGGGAUUGUGCAUAGUAAAAGAAAUUUGUUAGGGAUUCCAGAUCUUCGGAUUGAUGAUAAUGAUUUAAAAAAUCUGUGUUUAAUUGAAAUUGAGAAGCUAAUGCACGUGAAUGGAAGAUCUCUUAAAGAAUUUACAUGCCUUCCUUUCCCUGAAGCGUGUGAAGGGCUGCAAUUUGACAAUAAGUUUAUUGUGGAUGAAUUGAAUUAUGAUAAAAAUGAGAUGGAAAUGCUUCAUCAGAACCUGUUGCGUUCAUUAACAUAUGAACAGUUGGAUGUUUAUAGAGAAAUUAGCAAUGCUGUCUUUACCCAAAAAGGAGGCCUUUAUUUCCUUCAUGGAUUUGGAGGUACAGGAAAAACAUUUAUAUGGAACACUUUGUCUGCAGCAUUCAAGGCUAAAGGUCUAAUCAUAUUGAAUGUAGCUUCAAGUGGUAUAGCAUCGUUGUUAUUGCCGGAUGGAAGAACUGCACAUUCAAGGUUUUCAAUUCCAAUAUCAAUUAAUGAGUGCUCAACUUGCAAUAUAAAACAAGGCUCACAGAAGGCGGAAUUACUUCAAAAGACCAGUUUGAUUAUUUGGGAUGAAGCACCAAUGCUGAACAAAUAUUGUUUUGAGGCACUUGAUAGAACUUUAAAUGAUGUGAUGAGACAAGAAAUGGGAUCUGCUGACUAUGUUCCGUUUGGUGGAAAAGUUGUAGUUCUUGGUGGGGAUUUCAGACAAAUCCUACCAGUUGUCUCAAAAGGCAGUAGAAGUGAUAUUGUUGGAUCUGCUAUUAAUGCUUCAUAUUUAUGGAAGUAUUGUACGGUUCUAAAGCUCACAAAAAACAUGAGACUUUUGAACUGUCCCUCGACAUCAGAUGUAGAAGACAUUAAAAAUUUUGCAGAAUGGAUUCUUUAG